UAACAGGCAGACCGACACUCAGACAGUCAACACAGCCCAACUCACUCAGGCAGCACGAGGACCUCACCGCUGGACUUGUAUGAAUACCGGUAAGCAGCAGAAGCCAGUGCUCACAGGCCAGAGGUUUAAGACCAGGAAAAGGGAUGAAAAGGAGAAGUUCGAGCCGACAGUUUUUCGAGACACGAUCGUUGCGGGCCUUAAUGAUGCGGGCGGCGACCUGGAGGCUGUAGCCAAGUUUCUGGACACCACAGGGUCGCGGCUGGACUACAGACGCUAUGCCGACACACUGUUCGACAUCCUCAUCGCAGGGAGCAUGCUCGCUCCUGGAGGAACUCGCAUCGAUGAGGGCGACAAGACCAAGGUAACGGCGUUCUGCGUGUUCACCACGGAGGAAAGCCACGCCGCUCUACGUCUGUAUGCUCAGGUUUUCAAUAAGCUCAUCAGACGAUACAAAUAUCUGGAGAAGGCCUUUGAGGAGGAAAUCAAAAAGCUGCUGCUCUUCCUGAAGGCCUUCAGCGAGUCGGAGCAGACCAAGCUCGCCAUGCUGACCGGCAUCCUGCUGGCCAACAGCACGCUCCCGCCUCCCAUCAUCACCGGCCUCUUCACCGAGAGCGUGGUCAAAGAAGGGAUCUCUGCGCUGUUUGCUGUGAGGAUGUUCAAAGCAUGGAUCGCAGAGAAAGAUGCCAAUUCAGUCACCUCGUCCCUGAGGAAGGCCAACCUGGAUAAAAGACUCCUGGAGCUGUUUCCAGCCAGUAAACAGAACGUGGAGCAUUUCUCUAAAUACUUCAAUGAAGCCGGGCUCAAGGAGCUGUCUGACUUCCUGCAUGUGCAGCAGAGUCUGGGGACCCGCAAAGAGCUGCAGAGGGAGCUGCAGGAACGCCUGUCCCAGCAGUGUCCCAUCAGAGAGAUGGUGGUGUACGUGAAGGAGGAGAUGAAGAGGAACGAGCUGCAGGAGCAGGCAGUGAUCGGCUUGUUGUGGACGUGCCUGAUGAACGCUGUGGAGUGGAACAAGAAGGAGGAGCUGGUGACGGAGCAGGCGCUCAAACACCUCAAACACUACGCUCCUCUGCUGGCAGUGUUCAGCACUCAGGGUCAGUCUGAGCUGGUGCUGCUGCUGAAGAUCCAGGAGUACUGCUACGACAACAUCCACUUCAUGAAGUCCUUCUCUAAGAUAGUGGUGCUCUUCUACAAAGCUGACGUCCUGAGUGAGGAGGCCAUCCUGAAGUGGUACAAAGACGCCCACGCUGCGAAAGGGAAGAGUGUCUUCUUAGAGCAGAUGAAGAAGUUUGUGGAGUGGCUCCAGAACGCUGAAGAAGAGUCGGAGUCAGAGGGGGAGGAGGGCUGAAGGAGGACUUCCUGUAGUCUGAGUCCUGACUGUGCAGCAGAUAGGUAACAUGUAGUGUAUCCUCCACCUGAGCUGAGGUGGAGCACCUCCACCCACAACGACCACAGACCCGCUCCUCCUGAAGCAGCCGAACACCGCCGUACAACCAGGAAGUCUCAGCACGCUCACCGUCUGUGACAGUGUCCAGCAAUGGGAGCGUGACCUCCGCAGUAGAUGUACACGUGUUUUAGUGCACACUCAAGUGAGUUUUAUAAAAACACUUGUGUAUUUAACUCAUCUUUUUAUGAAUA